AGGGCCCACAGCGUUACGGCCUCUCCCACCUCCCGCACGGGCGCCGCUGCUGGGCACAGCCCAUACACAGACAGCGCGGGAUGUGGCAGUGAGAGAUGUGGUUCAGCGAUGAGACCCAGCGGGCUAACGUGAUGCGGGGCACUGUCCUGGGCCGGCAGCACGGGCAGCACUCAAUAAAGCAGCGCUGAGCUCCGCACUGACUCUGCCGCCCUUCUGUGCUGCGCCCCUCUGUCCGCGCGGUAUGGCCCGUGACACCCGCCGCCAUCUUGUGAGGCGUUACCAUGGCAACGGGCUGCCGGAGGGCGGGGCGGAGCGGGUCACGUGCCCCGCGGGCGGCACGAGGAGGAGCGGAGCGGACUGCAGCUCCCAACAGGCCUCGCGCUCGCGCGGCGCACGCCGGGAGGCGCUGUGCUGCCGCUCCAGGAUCCGGACUGCCGCGCGGUGGAAGUUGCGGCCUCGCUGGCCCCGCCCCCUCCCCUCCCAUAGGCGGGCGGGAGUGACGUCAUUCCGCGGGGGCGGGAGCGCAGCGGUCCGGAGGCCCGUGAUUGGCAGAGAGGGCCGCCGCUGCGGGGUGGGCGCGGCGCGGCGCGGCGGAAGGCGGAAACGGAGGAUGGCGGCAGGCGCGCAGCUGGUGGCGGUCGCGCUGUUGCUGCUGGCGGGGGUCGGCCCGCGGCUGGCCCCCGCCGAGCUUACGGAUGGCAACAGCGAGCACCUGAAGCGCGAGCACUCGCUGAUGAAGCCGUACCAGGGCGCAGGCUCCGCCGCGAUGCCGCUGUGGGACUUCCAGGGCAGCACCAUGGUUACCAGCCAGUACGUGCGUCUGACGCCUGAUGAACGCAGCCGGGAGGGCUCCAUCUGGAACCGCGUGCCCUGCUUUCUGAAGGACUGGGAGCUGCACGUCCACUUCAAGAUCCACGGCGCUGGCAAGAAGAACCUGCAUGGGGAUGGCCUGGCCCUGUGGUACACGCAGGAGCGCCUCGUGCCAGGUCCUGUUUUUGGCAGCAGGGACAAUUUUCAUGGGCUGGCUAUUUUCCUUGAUACGUAUCCCAAUGAUGAAGCAACAGAGCGUGUGUUCCCCUACAUCUCUGCGAUGGUGAACAACGGCUCCCUGACUUACGACCACAGUAAGGAUGGGCGCUGGACGGAGCUGGCAGGGUGCACUGCUGAGAUUCGGAAUCAGAAUCACGACACUUUCCUGGCAGUUCGGUACUCCCGAGGUCGCCUGACGGUGAUGACAGAUGUAGAAGACAAGAAUGAAUGGAAGAACUGCAUUGACAUUGCAGGGGUACAGCUGCCCACUGGCUACUUCUUUGGUGCUUCUGCAGGCACUGGAGACUUAUCUGACAAUCAUGACAUUAUUUCAAUGAAGCUAUUCCAGCUCAUGGUGGAGCAUCCUCUAGAAGAUGACACUGUUGACUGGACAAAGAUUGAGCCUAGCGUCAGUCUCCUUAAAUCUCCCAAAGACAAUGUGGAUGACCCGACGGGGAAUUUCCGCAGUGGGCCCCUGACAGGCUGGAAGGUGUUCCUGCUCCUGCUCUGCGCGCUGCUGGGCAUCAUUGUGUGUGCUGUGGUGGGAGCUGUGGUCUUCCAGAAACGCCAGGAGCGGAACAAGCGUUUUUACUGAUGGAAGAGCCGGGCUGCGGUGCCCGAACCGUUCCUUUUCUAUGGGGAGCUGUACAAACUGUGGUUUCUAAAAGCUGUUUCUGAGAAAUACAAGAAGUAUUUUCUUAACUGUCCCUGUGGCUGUAAUCCUGCUGGACACUUGCUGUCUAGCGGGCUGGACUUGGGGGGUGGGGGGGAGGGGGGAAUGUUUUUAAUUAGAGCCCACACCUGCUGCAGAGGCACCGCUCACCCCGAGAGCCGCGGUGCUUCCUCUGGGCACCCCCAGGACCCGCUGCGCUGCCCGGGGCGGUGGGUAUGAAUGUAGGGGUUGUUGGGGCUGGGGCAUUAAAGGACUGACACCA